AUGGCCUCUCCCAUCGCUGCCGAGCAUCCCCCCAUCCCCUCUCCUCCGCCAGCAUACCUCCGAUCAACGCCUCCAUUCCCCUCCCCAUCCUACGAGUCAACCCCCCGCACGAUUCCCCAGCGCCCCGGGGUGGUGCAAAUCGCACGGAAACCGCUGUCAGUGGUGACCCCGGACUCCGAGACCCUACCAGUUAUUCAAGCUUCUCCGCGUUCUCCGGUCAGAAUCGACCAUGGUACCACCAAGAUCCCCCCAGCAUCGACCGCCCAAAUCGAGCACUUCAACAAUGUGCCCGAGCCACCACAACUGGAGAUUCCCGAAUUUGCAAACAUCUCUAUCGAGGACCCUGCGCAACAACGACAGACUUGGAACCCCGCAUUCCCACCCAGGCGAGACUCUAUCCAAGCUCCGCAGUAUCCGCCGCAGCAUCCGCCACAGCAUCCAUAUGGCCAUACCCCGGCCAGCAGUGGAUCGUGGUCGGUGGUCGAAGGUCAGGUGAAGGAAGAUGGCCACGAUCCGAAGAAAAGCGGUUCCUUGCGCGGUCAAGAGGGUCUUAGCCAGAAUAAUUCCUCGCGCGGUAGCUUGGAAAGCGAUGCACAGAAUUCUGAUCCCUACGAGCCUUUGCCCUACUUUCACCAGCAGCAGCAGCAGCAGAGCACCCCCAAUGUGCGACACUCCACAUUGGGAAUGAACUUGGCAGGCAAUCCCUCCGGCUCGACUGGUAAUUUGGCUGUCCGGCGGUCUCGAAUUUCACGGCCUGUCUCGAAUUACUCUUCAACGUCGGAUGUGGCUGGUGGGAACCACCGUCGCAAUCUUUCUGCAUCGCCAUACAUGCAGGGCCGCUCCUCAUCGCGCAAUUCCACUGCAUCUCCCGACAAUCGUUCGCUCUCGGUCUUGGAUCUGCUCAACACAUCAUACCCUCAGCCAGGCCCUACUGCCCCGCAAUUCGACAACUCUCACCUCCGGUCCUCCGUCGGAAACAAUGCCUCUCUUCUCAGCCAUAAGCAAACGUUCGAAAUGUACCUUGCAAAUGUCAAGAAAACCGACGAGCCCCCCGUGCAGUACGAAUUCGCCGUGUUCAUGAUCAAUUCCAUGCGUGAGAUGCCGGCGGUCGACCUCGAAGAUUCCACCUCCAUCACCCGCCAACGACUUCUGCGCGAGUCGAAAUCCAUUCUCCAGCGUCUCGCAGACCGCAGCUACCCCUUCGCGCAGUACUAUCUCGCCGACGGCUAUGCCUCGGGACUCUUCAACAAGGGCAAAGAAGAUUACGACCGCGCCUUCCCCAAUUUCCUUGCUGCCAGUAAGCACGGGCACAUCGAGGCGUGCUACCGUACUGCACUCUGCUACGAGUUUGGCUGGGGUGUCCGCGUGGAUGGAGGUCGUGCCGUGCAAUUCUACAGACAAGCCGCGUCCAAGAACCACCCCGGCGCUAUGCUCCGCAUGGCUAAAGCCUGUCUGGCUGGCGAUAUGGGAUUGGGCAAGCGUUACCGUGAUGGCAUCACUUGGAUGAAGCGCGCGGCGGAGUCUUCAGAUUCACAGUACAAUUCUGCGCCGUACGAGCUGGGUGUCAUGCACGAGACUGGCUACGGCGAUGACGUCUUCAAGGACGAGUCUUAUGCUGCGCAGUUGUUCACCAAAUCCGCGGAACUGGGCCACCCCGAGGCUGCGUACCGUCUAGGUGAUGCGUACGAGCAUGGCAAACUUAAUUGCCCGCGUGAUCCUGCGCUCAGCAUUCACUUUUACACCUCGGCUGCGCAGAGCGGACACCAUGCGCUUGCUAUGAUGGCACUGUGUGCGUGGUAUCUUGUGGGCGCGGAGCCUGUUCUCGAGAAAGAUGAGAACGAGGCGUAUGAGUGGGCUACACGGGCUGCUUCUCUUGGUCUGUCCAAGGCGCAAUACGCCGUCGGUUACUUCACCGAGAUGGGCAUUGGCUGUCGCCGCGAUCCGCUCGAGGCGAACGUCUGGUACGUCAAGGCUGCAGACCAGGGUGACGAACGCGCAAAGCAUCGUAUCGCUGCUAUCCGGGCUGCAGCCGACGGAGCCAAUCCAGCUCUUGCAGCUCGCUCUGGAGGGAGGUACCGCAAGGGCGAUGCACAGGGUCAAGGUGAGUGCUGCACGCAAUGA